GCUAUUUUGAUUUAAAUUAAGCAUAAGUGAUAGACCAUGUCCCAGAGAAUAGGAAAUUCGGUGGUGGCCAUGACAAGGGUGUGGCACCACGUUGAUGUUGCUGCAGACCAAAGAACUUUAGGUCGUUUGGCUUCUAGUAUAGCUACUACCUUGCAAGGAAAACAUAAACCAACAUAUUCCCAUAAUAACGAUCACGGUGAUUACGUGGUUGUGACUAACUGCUCGCAUUUGAAGGUCAGUGGUAAUAAAAUGAAAGAAAAGACUUAUUGGUCUCACACCGGACGUCCAGGGUCUUUAAAAUUAGUUCCUAUGGAAACCAUGAUUUCAAACAAAGGAUUUGGAGAAGUCUUGAAGAAGGCUGUCAAAGGGAUGAUUCCAAAGAAUAAGUUAAGGCUUGCUAGAUUGGACCGUUUGAAGGUCUAUGACGGUGAUGAUCAUCCAUAUAAACAGAAUUUAAUUGCAUUUGCAGAUGAAGUACCGGAUAUGAAGAGGAAAUUAGCUAAACUUAACGAGCAAGAAGCCCAACUUAACGGUCUUCGUGAAAAAUUUGUUAAAAACUAAAAUAUCUUAUGUAUAUAAUUAAAUAAUCUUUGUAAAUAAAUUAAAUUAGGUUAAUUCGUU